CGGGGGGUGAUGGAGAAGGGGCGCAGCCACGUAGAACCGUGGGGAAACGAAGAGGAAGAAGACGAGGCACGAGGCGAACGAGCCACGAAGCUCGUGCCAACGAUCACGAUAGCCUUCUCUCGUCGCUGCCCCUUUAGUUAAACGAUACACCGCGCGCGUAUGAUAAUCGCACCGCGCCGCUCCAGCUUCCACCAUUCGAGGUUCGGCUGCCUAUGAUCUGUCGCACCCGGGAGUGUCCGCGCGCGAUUCGUAGGAUUCGGUUAUGAUAAUAAUCGCGGCGCGAGUGUUGUCACGAUUCGAGGGUACGAUCGCGCGCUGUCGCGAUAAUCCUGGUGGAACGGCUUCAGAGAUUUUUGGUAACGAUCUUCGCCGCCUCGUCGUCGUCGGUAUCCCUGCGGCCAUCCGGUCUCGGCUAUGAUAAUCGGCGACGGAAACGACGUUUCGAGAAUCGAACAUUUCCCGGUAUGAUAAUCGGAAGUGUUUCGCGGUAAUCGUUCUCGGGAAGUGUCUCGGAGAGCGCGAGCCUCGCAAGCUCCCGGGGUGUCCCUGCCAGUGUCUACAAUGCGAUAGUCGUCUCGGAAACGUUUCGAAAAUUCGCGUCUCCGAGCUCCGGGUAUGGUAAUCGUCUCGAGGAUACGAACGCGAUUACUGGACGCGAAGACGCGUUUUAACAUCCAGAUAUGAUACUCGUUCUACGAGCGUCCAAACGAAUUUCCGACACGGCAACGUACCACGGUUGUCGCAACGGUGGUUGCGUUUCCAAACUUCGAGUAUGAUGAUCGUGCAACAAGCGUUUCUACGAAUUUUAAAUAUGAUAUUUGUACGAUAAUCGCCGUAGAAGACCCGAUUUUCAGCUUAGGAUACGAUAGCGUACGAUGAUCGCUUAAGAAGCUCAAGAUAUCAAACUUUGCGACACGAUAAUCGCGCUAGAAGAAGUUCAGACGUUUUAAGGCGUAGCAACGCGUGAUAAUCAUCCUAGGACGCAGCUCUUGAUUAAACUCUGGCCACGAUCGGUCCGAGAACCUUUAAACGAGUCAACGUUUUCAUCGAGCUUCGGACAUGACAACUGCGAAUGACGAGUCUGUACGAUAACGAACCGGCGUCGAGAGUAUCAGUGAUUCUGGAAGCGGAACGUCGAGUAUGAUAAUCGCGCUACAGGUAAUUCAACGAUCAACGAUUUAGCAUCUCAGUAUGACACUCCGCUUAAUGAAUUCAGCGAUUCGAACCUUGAUAGCAAUCUAUAAAAUAUGACGGUCAUACUGGAAACGUUCGCGUGAUCUCCUUUUUUGAAUAUGAUAAUCGCGCUGUACGAGUUUCAACGAUACGGGACUCGCGUAUGAUAAUCGUGACGGAACCAUUCGAAGAAUUCUAACUCGAGACGCGACGUAAAUAGAUAAUCGCGUCGGGCACGUCUCGGUAAUCCACGAACUCGAUUCACGGUUACACGCAUAAUAAUCGAUGUCGAUAAUCGCGUGGAAGUUCGUUGCACCAAGCUUUGACGUUUGAAAAGCUGAACCGGAAAGCUCGCCGGUGAAAUGCUGAUAUUAACCCUCGAACUAAACGAUCUUUAAACCUUUCGCUGUUCUUCCUCUGGUAGAGAAACGAUUUCAAAUUAAUUACAGCGUUUCAAGUGUUUGCGAAGGGACAAAGUGUUUUUCAUGGUACUCGGUAAAUACUUCCUAGAGAGAAUGGUGUACUCGUGACGGUGCGUAUCGGUCCGAAUUUCGGCUCGAGGAUAGGCGAAAGAAGAAAAAGACGGAGAAACGCAAGAGAGAGAAAGAGAGAAAGAGAGAGAGAGAGAGACAGAAGACAGAGAGAUAAAGAUCGAUCGAGGAAUCGCGCGGAUCAAAAGUGAAACUAGUUUUUCCUAUCUGCUCGACGAUGGGCCUCCUCCUCUCUUCCUGAACAACGCUACGUACAACUAUCGUAGAACUAUCUCGUACUGCAAAUUGAUAGAUGACACCGAUGCCGGAUGGAAAAAAACAUUCCAGGUGCUUAGAAUGAGAGAACCGCGCGGGAAUUCGACACGGACCUACUAACUAUCAAGUUGGUGUCUCGCGCGACGAUCAGAAGCGAGAAUCGAUUCCGGUAAUGACGGAAAAAUCGGGCGGACGUCUUCCACUUCCCACCUACUAUUUUAACGAUUUGCGUUCCGAGCGAUCAAAAAUGAUCGAGUCACGAUGAUCGUAAUCAGUGAAAUAAUUCGUGAAGAGUUUCCGGGCGACGUACGAGACGGUGAUCGCAGCCAGAAGUCGAAAAACACGAAAGGAAACACGGGAGAUUGAGGCUUUUUCUAUCAGAACGCGAGUGGCACAGCGUAUUUCCGGGUGAUCCGGGGUAAAAUACGGGAAAAAGUGUGUGUGCUGUGCGAGAGGAAACGACGGAAAAUGUUCAGCGUGGGAAAUUCGUUCGCGAUGGCGAACCGGACGCUACACAUGCGAGUGAAGCUUUUCAUGGUCAGCGCCGGCCUUCAAAUCGUCCUAUUGCUCACCGUCCUACCUCGAGAGAGCCUGUGCGGACCUCACGAGAAACGUUUGCUGAACAAGUUGCUGUCUACUUACAACACUCUGGAGAGGCCAGUCGUCAACGAGAGCGAGACCCUCGAAGUGAAAUUCGGCAUCACGUUGCAACAGAUCAUCGACGUGGAUGAGAAGAAUCAGAUCCUGACUACCAACGCGUGGCUCAAAUUGGAGUGGAACGACUACAAUCUCCAAUGGAACGAGUCCGAGUACGGGGGCGUUAAAGAUCUUCGAAUAACUCCGAAUAAACUUUGGAAACCGGAUAUCCUCAUGUACAACAGUGCGGAUGAGGGUUUCGACGGGACGUACCAAACAAACGUGGUGGUCACGCAUAACGGCAGUUGCCUGUACGUACCCCCGGGCAUCUUCAAGAGCACUUGCAAGAUAGACAUCACUUGGUUCCCCUUUGACGACCAACACUGUGACAUGAAGUUCGGAUCCUGGACCUACGACGGCAACCAGGUGGAUUUGGUGUUGAGUUCGGAAGACGGUGGCGAUCUGUCCGACUUUAUAACGAACGGAGAGUGGUAUUUGAUAGGGAUGCCAGGGAAGAAGAACACGAUAAGGUAUCAAUGCUGUCCAGAGCCGUACGUGGACGUCACGUUCACGAUACAAAUUCGUCGUAGAACGCUAUACUAUUUUUUCAACUUAAUCGUGCCGUGUGUUCUGAUAUCGAGCAUGGCGCUACUAGGAUUCACAUUGCCACCCGAUUCCGGGGAGAAACUCACCCUAGGGGUGACCAUUCUACUGUCGCUGACAGUAUUCCUGAACCUCGUGGCAGAAAGUAUGCCGACCACCUCGGAUGCCGUCCCUCUAAUAGGGGUAACAAUUUUAUUAUCGCUGACGGUGUUCCUGAAUCUCGUCGCCGAGACUCUGCCACAAGUUUCCGACGCCAUACCGUUGUUAGGGACGUACUUCAAUUGCAUAAUGUUCAUGGUGGCGAGCAGCGUGGUACUGACGGUGCUGGUGCUCAAUUUUCAUCACAGAUCGCCCGAUCGCUACGCGAUGCCCCAAUGGAUUAAAGUGGUGUUCUUACAAUGGCUGCCCUGCUUCCUGCGCAUGAGUCGCCCUGGCAAGAAAAUAACGAUAAAGUCUCUCCUGGGCGGCGAUCGCAGAGCCAAAGGCAUGGAGCUGCAAGAGAAGAGCAGCAAAAGUUUGCUGGCGAACGUUUUAGACAUCGACGACGACAUUCGUCACAAGAACAGCGCCGCGAAUCCUCCCUCCGGUUACGGUCUAAGAUCGGCGUUUGGGACGCCGAUCUCGACCGGGAGACCAGCGACGGUGGAGGACACGUCGGCCUCGUUACCAUUAAGCGGUAUGCAAGAGGAAUUGCAUACGAUUCUCAAGGAGUUGAGAUUCAUUACGAAUCGUAUGAAGAAGGUGGAUGAGAACGACGAUAUUAUUAACGACUGGAAGUUCGCCGCCAUGGUCGUAGACAGGGUCUGCUUGUUCGUCUUCACAUUGUUCACCGUGGUGGCAACGAUAGUUAUACUGUGUCGUGCCCCACACAUAAUCGUCCAAUAAACAAAACUGCCCCCUCCCCCUGUAAACCAAUUAAACUCUUCCUUUCUCAAUUCCCCAACCCCGACAUCUUUCUAUCACUCUCUCUCUCUCUAUCUCUCCGCCUCUGUUCUCUCGUUUUCGUGUAAAGGAAAAGAAACUAAAAAGACAAAUUACUGCUACGUGCUUCCAAUUUCCGACGAAAGAAGAAGGAGAAGAGACAAGAACGCGGCGGAAGAACGAAGAUGUAUGGAUACAAAGAGAAAUCAACGUAAGAAAGAAGAAAGAAUGCGUGUGAAUCAAGAAAGGAGGAAACAAGAGGAGACGAGAGAAGAAUCGUAACAUUAUUUGGAUAAUUAAAAAUCGAGGAUUGUCUCUCGAACAAAAGGAGAGUUCAUUACUCUUUAAAAGACUUUGGUGGAAAAAAA